UGUGAGUCACAUGAUUUUGCUAAACAAGAACUGCUUGGAAAAUGGCAGCGUUCUUACAGUGGAGACGUUUUGUGUUUUUCGAUAAAGAAACGGUGAAAGAUCCGAGCGAAAAUGGGAAUAAUUUCCAACUACCGGUGGGAAUAUCGGCCUGUGAUUCAGGUCGAGGACACAUUGUGCUUGGAGAUAUGGACGGGCAGAUCUGGUUUUUGACCCGCUCCCUGCAGCUGUCCAGCUUUCAGGCUUAUAAGCUGCGCGUGACACACCUGUACCAGCUGAAACAACACAACAUCCUGGUGUCUGUGGGUCAGGAUGAGCCUGGCAUCAAUCCUCUGGUGAAGGUGUGGAACCUUGAUAAGAAGGACAGCGGCAGUCCUCUGUGUACCCGGAUAUUCCCUGCCAUACCUGGAAACAAACCUACUGAAGUGUCUUGUCUCAGUGUACAUGAAAACCUUAAUUUCAUGGCUAUAGGUUUUACAGAUGGCAGUGUUGUGCUGACGAAGGGUGACAUCACCAGAGACAGACACAGUAAAACUCUCAGCCUCCAUGAGGGCAACUGUCCAAUCACAGGCCUGGCUUUCCGGCAGGCUGGCAAAGUCACACACCUGUUUGUCGCCACUUUAGAAAAAGUGCAGUGUUACACAUUAUCAGUGAAAGAGUACCCUCGUAUAGAACUGGACACACACGGCUGUGCCCUCCGCUGCUCGGCGCUCACAGACCCCUCACAGGAAUCACAGUUCAUAGUGGCUGGAGAUGACUGUGUGUAUUUGUACCAGCCCGAUGAGAGAGGACCCUGUUUUGCUUUCGAUGGGCACAAACUUCUAACUCACUGGCACAGAGGAUACCUGCUGCUACUCACACACAAUAACAAGUCACCCAGCAAAUCUGAUUAUGGCAGCACACAGACAUCCCCUACAGAAAAGCACAUCCUGACCAUUUAUGACCUUGACAACAAGUUCAUCGCUUACAGUGCGGCGUUUGAUGAUGUCAUUGAUGUUCUGGCAGAAUGGGGCUCUUUUUAUGUCCUAACGAGGGACAAAACACUGUAUAUGCUGCAAGAAAAAGACACGCAGACCAAGCUAGAGAUGCUGUUUAAGAAGAACCUGUUUGUGAUGGCCAUUAACUUGGCUAAAAGUCAACAUCUGGACAAUGAUGGUCUGUCUGAGAUAUUCAGACAGUAUGGAGACCAUCUCUACGUCAAAGGGGAUCACGAUGGAGCUAUUCAGCAGUAUAUUCGCACCAUUGGGAAGCUCGAGCCCUCAUACGUAAUCCGUAAAUUUUUGGAUGCACAAAGGAUACACAACUUGACAGCGUACCUACAGGCCCUCCACAGGCAAUCGUUGGCCAACGCUGACCACACUACUCUACUGCUCAACUGUUACACCAAACUGAAGGACAGCUCUAAGCUGGAAGAGUUCAUAAAGAGCAAUGAAAGUGAGGUGCAUUUCGAUGUUGAAAUUGCCAUCAAGGUGUUACGUCAGGCCGGUUAUCACAGUCACGCUGUGUUUCUGGCAGAGAGACACAUGCACCAUGAAUGGUAUCUAAAGAUCCAGCUAGAGGAUUUGAAGAAUUAUCAGGAGGCUUUACGCUACAUUGGAAGGUUGCCAUUUGAUCAGGCAGAGAGCAAUAUGAAGCGCUACGGAAAAAUUUUAAUGCACCAUGUGCCUGAAAGCACCACCAUCCUCUUAAAACGCCUUUGCACCGAUUAUCACCCCAGCAAAGACUCAACCGACAGGGACAGCCUGGACAGGCCUGCGGAAAACAAGGCCAAUUCAGAAGAGUUCAUCCCAGUCUUUGCCAAUAACCCACGAGAGCUGCGAGCGUUCCUGGAACACAUGAUCGAGGUGGAUCCGUUCUCACCUGAGGGAGUUUAUGACACUCUCCUAGAGCUCAGACUACAGGACUGGGCACAUGAGCAGGACCCAGGGAAGAAGAAAGUCCUGCAGGAGGCAGCACUGUCCCUGCUGAGGAGCGACAACACUGUGUUUGACAAAGCCCUGGUGCUCUGCCAGAUGCACAACUUCAAGGAAGGAGUGCUGUAUCUGUAUGAAAAGGGCAAACUGUACCAGCAGAUCAUGCAUUACCACAUGCAGAAUGAGGAGUACGGGAAAGUCGUGGAGGCCUGUAAACGUUAUGGGGACAGUGAGGUGUGUUUGUGGGAACAGGCUCUGGGCUAUUUUGCACGCAAAGAAGAAAACUGCAAGGCCUACAUUAGUGAAGUCCUGGUGGAUCCGUUCUCACCUGAGGGAGUUUAUGACACUCUCCUAGAGCUCAGACUACAGGACUGGGCACAUGAGCAGGACCCAGGGCUGAUGGAGAGCUUUGCAGUGGUGCAGACUUUGGCUCAUAACUCCACAGCAUCACUGUCAGUCAUAAAAGACUACCUGAUAAAUAAACUGGAGCGGGAGACCCAGCAGAUUGAGGAAGAUGAAAGGAAGAUUCGACAGUAUAGAGAGGAAACGGCCCAUCUUCGUGCUGAAAUACAGGAACUUAAAACCUGUGCAAAGAUCUUCCAGAAGACCAAGUGCAGCAUGUGCAACAGCCCACUAGAGCUGCCAUCUGUGCACUUCCUGUGCGGCCACUCUUUCCAUCAGCACUGCCUAGAGAGCUUUGCAGAGAGCGAGGCCGAGUGCCCCACCUGCACCCCUGAGAACAGGAAAGUGAUGGACAUGUUGCGUGCGCAAGAUCAGAAACGAGAUCUGCAUGAUCAUUUCCACAGACAGCUCAAAUGCUCUAAUGACGGCUUCUCAGUCAUCGCUGACUAUUUUGGCCGUGGAGUGUUUAACAAACUCACUCUGAUAACGGAUCCUCCUGGAGGAAAGAGUGGAGCUGGGAAUCUGGAGGCUGAAUUCAACAGAGAUCUGCUCAUUAACACCAAGAGGAAUGUUUGAGAGCCGGACUGGAGUUCAUAUUAAAAGAAGAAGUCUGACUCUGGUCUGCUCCAGAAACAGCUUGAAUGGCCUUUAAAAAAAUCUUAACCCCCGCAACUCCUCUUCUUGGUGUUGAUUUAUUUAUAGGCCGGAUUGCGGAGAGCAAGAUGACAGCUUGUGCAGAAUGUCUUCACAUCUGUGUAGUCUACAACAUCAGAUCAGCAUAAAGUGGAAAGUAUCAAAACCACAGUGGGUGAUAACAUUUAAGAUCUUGCACUUCAAGACUGUGUGACCUUUUCAAGCUUUGAAUUCAGCUGCCGUAAGCACACUAUAGAAGACAACUUGCACAACUUACUUUUGCAUCCCUUAAUAAUUUAUGUAUAAUAUUUAAUUAGUAUUGCAACCAUUCAUUAGUGCAGAUAAAGCAACUAAUCAACAAUAAUCAAUGUCAAAUGCCUAUAAAAGUGUCUUUAAUAAAUGUAAAACAUCAUUGACUUGUA